GUAAUCUUUUCCCCCCUUUCAUUUGUGCGGCGAUACGAGGAUAGGGCAGUGGGCGCACGCAGGCCUUCCAAUCUCUCUCGAUCGCUCUCUCUCCUUCGCGCUGCCUCUCCUCUCCGCUUGGCUUAUCGAGAUGUACCCGUUAUACGCGGCAGCUGCUCCUUCCGGCUUCAGGAUUCCAAAGCUUCAUGCCAUCUUCUCCGCUCCCAAACCCACUUCCCGCUCCUUGGCCCUCAUCUGCAGCAAACGAGUUCGAGCAGAGGCGCGACCUGACGGCGUAGAUUCCACCACCGCCACCGCCGCCACAGCCGAGGAAGAAGGCAAUCAAGAAGCGCCGGAGAGUAGCAGCGGCAGCGGCAACAGCAAGCCUACCUUGGUUACUCCCAUCAGCGAUAAGGAGAUUAAAAAGGUUGUUCAAAAGACUGCUGCAACCUUUGCGCCGAGGGCUUCCACUGCAACCAAGAACCCUGCUGUGCCUGGCACUGCACUCUACUCUGUGUUUGAGGUCCAAGGAUACGCAUCAAUGUUGCUUGGUGGAGCUCUCUCCUUUAAUCUUAUAUUUCCCUCAAAUCAACCCGACAUAUGGAGAUUAAUGGGGAUGUGGUCCAUUUGGAUGUUCACCAUACCUUCCCUCAGAGCGCGUGAUUGCUUGAAGAACGAGAAAGAAGCUCUCAACUAUCUUUUUCUUCUCAUCCCACUCCUGAAUAUAUUGAUUCCAUUUUUUUGGAAGUCCUUUGCAGUUGUGUGGUCUGCAGAUACCAUUGCCUUCUUUUUGAUGUAUGCAUGGAAGCUUGGUUGGCUUCAAAGAUCAGAGUGACGGCGCACCAGGUAGAAUGUUUCGAGCAUAUGGUGGUCUUAAGAUUUCGUAGGACUAUAACAUGAUGUCUUUCCAAGAGUCAGCUUCAGCUCAGAGAUAUGAACACGGUUGAGCCUGAUUUCAUGUAAAGUCGAACUGCACAGUUUUCGGUAGUUGCAGACAUGAGGGACUACCAGAGAACUUGGCUUGGUAGGGAUUGGGGGAUCAGUAGCUAAACAAGCUUGUGGAGAAUGAUUGAAGGCAGAAAAAGGUUGCUUGUUGGAUUCCUAAAGUUGUAUAUUGGCUAAGCAUAUUAAUUGCAUACCCUUUUGCUUAAAAGGAAGGGAAGGAACCCCAAAAACUGAUGAAAGAGGAUGCCCUCCCUGUUUAAAUAAUCUCAAUCUAUUUAAAGUGACUCUAAAUAGGUUUUGUAAAAGCUGUAUUAGUAGUGUUAUAAACUCAUAAUUUGCAUUA